GUUUUUAACAAGUUAUAAAAACUUUAGGAGGACUUUUAAUGAAAAACUCAAUACUUAUAUUAAUUUCGGUGGCGUUUUUGAAACUUAAAAAUGUAGGAGCUGAGACAACUGCGGAUCGUGUAAAAAGUGCUGGCUAUCUUAGUGAAUCGUAUAAUGUAACAACCAGGGACGGGUUCCGACUUACCCUAUUUCGCAUAAAGAAACCCAGUGAACCGAGCCAUACACAGCGACCUGUUGCCUUGCUAAUGCAUGGCUUGCUUAGUUCAUCCGAUUUGUGGGUACUCAAAGGUGUUCCUGAUCUUUUGGCCUAUGCUUUAGUUGAAAAUGGCUAUGAUGUAUGGUUGGCUAAUACCAGGGGUAACCCCUAUGGAGGUUAUCAUCCAAAGCUAUCACUGAAUUCACGUGAAUAUUGGCGUUUCUCAUGGCAUGAAAUUGCCGUAGUGGAUUUACCCAACAUCAUUGAUUAUGUUCUGGAGGCAACGCAACAAGGGACACUCCAUUAUGUGGGACACUCUCAGGGUACAACAGUAAUUUUGGUUUUAUUAUCCACGUAUCCGGAGUAUAGUGAAAAACUGAGAUCCGUACAUCUACUGGCUCCCGUGUCAUUUAUGGAAAAUAGCCGUUCGACAAUGAUAAGAGCUUUGUCGUUACCGUUCGGUAGCUAUUCAUUUAUAACACCCUGGUUUGGAGACACAUCCCUGUUGGAGAAUGUGUUCAUACGCAACAUAUUGGGAUUUGAGAGUUGUCGUCGAACCGAGGGUGCGCUCUUCAUUUGUCCCUAUCUAUUCUUUGUGGGUUUUGGUGGUCGUUCGGAUUACACUCUGGAAAAUGUCUAUCCAGAUUUCUACAGUACUCACCCGGCUCGUUGUUCGAUGAACCAGGCCAUUCACUUUGUCCAACUCUACAAGUCGGGUCAUUUUCGUCAAUUCGAUUUUGGCACGAAGGGAAAUGAGCAGCGUUAUAAUCAGACAACUCCACCGGAUUACCAAUUGGUGAAUAUCAAUCCUCGCUUCCCUCUACAUUUGUAUCACAGCAAAGAUGAUACCUUUUCAGCAAAGGAGGAUGUAGAACACUUGGUCACACUUUUGGGUAAUAAGAGUGUUCGGCAUUUUAUUGAUUUGAAUAACUUUGCCCAUAUGGACUUCGUGUUGGGUUAUAAUGUUAAGGAUGUUGUAAAUGGCGAUGUUUUGAGUGAAAUGAAACGUGUCGAUGGAUUAUUGGCGGGAUAGGUAAAGGGAAGUUUUAUUUUUUGAACAUGGAGAUAAUAAAUCGAGUACAUUUACUGUCAAAUAUU